UCAUGGCUACCGUAUGUGCAAGUCUGCACAGUAACGCUCUGCUCGGAGACUGACUCUCCGCUCAUUUAGUGCCUCACAUUUACAGUCUGCACCCUCGACAUUUCGGCAAAUAAUUCCGCUUGCAUGAGCCCAAACACUCCUGUUUGUGCUGGCUCAUUAAAACGAGCCUUUAUCAAGCAUUUCGUCGGGCCUUAAACACCCCUUACAAGAGACAGAGGGAAAAACAGGCAACAUUUGAUUUCUUCAAUGGUCUAAUCACACUGUCCGCCUUUAUGAACCAUGUGUGAAAACUGCGCCGAGCUUCUGGAGGUGCUCAAUGAGAUCUCAGAAGCAGACAGCUCAGACGGCCUACAGCUGAAGAAGGAACAUGCCUUAAGAGUCUUCACUUACAUCAGCACAUGGACGCAGAGGCAGUGUCUGUGCUGUUUUAAAGAAUACAAAAACCUCGAGGUAUUUAGCCAGCUUGUUUAUGCCCUCAUCAACCUGGUGAUUGUCCAAGUUACCAACCUUAGGGACCGCCUAUGCAAUGGCCAUGGCAACAAUAGGACUGAGGAGGCGGGGUCAGAGUGGGGCUCCUCCCAACCCCAGGCUUCACCCAAUGAGGACGAGCCUUUGAAUGUGGAACGGGACUCAGCUGAAGAGGAUGGUGGAAUGGAGGAAGGAGAUGAGCACCAGAACCAAAAGCAGGGUGUUAAACCGGACCCUCAGCCCAGACUCGGUGAGCCCACGCUGGGCGAGAGCGCGACUGAGAGCAGCCUGGACCUGUUUGCAUCCUGGAGCACAGAAGACCAGGAGAAGCUGCUGCUGUGUGCUGCUAAGAUCUUUCAGAUCCAGUUCCCCCUAUAUACGGCCUACAAACACAACACUCACCCCACGAUAGAGGAUAUCUCGUCACAAGAGAGCAAUAUCCUCGGCUCUUUCUGUGAUAUGAAUGAUGUGGAGGUCCCACUACACCUGCUGCGGUAUGUGUGUAUGUUCUGUGGGAAGCACGGUCUCUCUCUGAUGAAGGAUUGUUUCGAGUUCGGCGCUCCUGAUACUCUCCCCUUUCCCAUCGCUCAUGCCUUCAUCACCAUCGUCUCUAAUAUCAGAAUAUGGUUGCACAUUCCCGCUGUGAUGCAGCAUAUCAUCCCUUUUCGCACUUAUGUCAUCAGAUAUCUAUGUAAGUUGUCGGAUCAGGAGUUGCGUCAGAGCGCGGCACGUAACAUGGCUGAUCUGAUGUGGAGUACGGUGAAAGAGCCUUUGGACAGCGCGCUGUGUUUCGACAGAGAGAGUCUGGAUCUGGCCUUCAAAUACUUUAUGAGCCCGACACUCACCAUGAGACUGGCUGGACUCAGCCAGAUCACAAAUCAGCUGCACACCUUCAAUGACGUCUGUAAUAAUGAAUCGCUGGUGUCUGACACUGAGACGUCAAUAGCGAAGGAACUGGCAGACUGGCUUAUCAACAACAAUGUUGUGGAGCACAUAUUUGGACCAAAUUUGCACAUUGAGAUCAUUAAACAGUGCCAAGUCAUCCUGAACUUUCUGGCUGCAGAGGGCCGACUGAGCACUCAACAUGUGGACUGUAUAUGGGCUGCUGCUCAGCUGAAACACUGCAGUCGCUACAUACAUGACCUGUUCCCCUCACUCAUAAAGAACUUGGACCCUGUGCCCCUGCGACACGUGCUCUGCCUGGUGUCGGGGUUACAUCCCAGCAUGCACACUGAACAGACACUGUAUUUGGCGUCCAUGUUGAUCAAGGCCUUGUGGAAUAAUGCCCUAGCAGCCAAAACUCAGCUGUCCAAACAGAGCUCCUUUGCCUCGCUGCUCAACACCAGCAUUCCCAUGGGUAACAAGAAAGGCUCACCUGCAGGCAGCCCAGAGAGCAGUGACAAUAGCGACACGCAUCACAGUGGAGGAAGUGACAUGGAGAUGGACGAGCCAAUCAUGAGCAGUGGAAAACGAGGGCAGCAAAGGCUGUCGGACACAGAGGAGUCUCUGCAGGGCAGCUCGGAUGAGACGGCCAACAGCGGGGAAGAGGGCAGCAGCAGCGGCCGCAGCGAAGCAUCCAGUAAUGAGGCUGGAUCAAGCAGAGCCAGCCAAUCAGCGGGCAGCCCUGGCAGCGAGCUGCACUCCGACGACAUGGCCGACAGCGAGGCUCUGAAAGAAGAAGAAGAGGAGGAGGAAGAAGAAGAGGAAGACGAUGACGAGGAUGAUGAAGAUGAUGAUGAUGAUGAAGACGAUGAUGACGACAGACCCGCCGUCGCGUCAGAGGGAAGCCCGCAGAAACUUGCAGAAACUCGAGAUUCCAGAGACGCUUCUACGUCAGAACUGCGUAAGCGGAAAGCCGGUGAAGCUCUUGGAGAAGUCCAGGGUCCUCCUCAGCCGGGAAUUCCUGGAUCCAUCGCCUCUGGUUCUGGACUUUCCAAACCCAAGUCCCUCCCCUUCUCCCCAGAGGCAGCUGCUGCCAUGGUUGCCUCUUCGUCCCUUCGAAUCCUCGAACCCUGCUCCUCUUCAUCCAUGUCCCUGGAGGGAAUGUCUGGAGAGCAGGUGGACCCCUCCUCACAUUCCCAGAAUCCUCAGCAGCCACAGCAUAGUGGGCCAGAGAUGGGCCCCUUACAUGGGCCGUCCGUUCCCCAGGAGCCACCCUGUCUGUCAAGGCCAACAGACUUCUUGACGGAGGCCAUGGGGAACGAGCUCUUCAACUGCAGACGUUUCAUCAACCCACAGCAUCACCAUCAUCACCACCACCAUCAUCAUCAUCACCGUCAUGAUGGUCAUAUGGUAGAGGACAUGCUGAGUGCUGAUGAUGUCAGUUGCAGCAGUUCCCAGGUCAGUGCGAAGUCCGAGAAAAACAUGGCGGAUUUCGACGGAGAGGAAUCCGGGUGCGAGGAAGAGCUGGUCCAGAUCAACUCUCACGCCGAGCUCAGCUCACACCUGCAACAACAUCUGCCCAACCUGGCCUCCAUAUACCACGAACACCUGGUACAAGGGCCAGCGGUGCAAAAGAAUCAGUACUCUGCCCACGCCGUGACCGACAUCAACCUGGACAAUGUCUGCAAGAAAGGAAACACCCUUCUGUGGGACCUGGUCCAGGAUGACAACGCGAUGCACCUGUCAGAGGGCCUGAUUAAUGAAGCAGAGAAGUUGUUGUGUUCUCUGGUGUGCUGGUUCACCGAUCGUCAGAUCCGCAUGCGUUUCAUCGAGGGCUGUCUGGAGAACCUUGCCAACCACCGGUCGGUGGUGGUGUCCUUGCGUUUGCUCCCAAAACUCUUUGGAACCUUUCAGCAGUUCGGCUCCAGUUACGACACUCAUUGGAUAACCAUGUGGGCUGAGAAGGAAUUGCACAUGAUGAAGCUCUUCUUUGAUGAUCUGUUACAUUAUAUCCAGGAAGUGAGAGAACAGUGCCACAAAUUUGCUCUGUACAGUCACAGUGCAGAGGUGCAGGUGCGUCUCCAGUUUCUCACCUGUGUGUUCUCAACACUCGGAUCACCUGACCACUUUAGGUUGAGUCUGGAGCAGGUGGACAUCCUGUGGCACUGUUUAGUGGAAGACUCAGAGUGUUACGAUGAUGCCCUGCACUGGUUCUUAAACCAGGUCCGCAGUAAAGACCAGCAUGCAAUGGGCAUGGAGACGUAUAAACAUCUGUUCCUGGAGAAGAUGCCUCAGCUCAAACCGGAGACAAUCAGCAUGACAGGACUCAACUUGUUUCAGCAUCUGUGUAAUCUGGCUCGUUUGGCCACCAGUGCUUAUGACAGCAGUUCCAACUGCGAGCUAUGUGGUAUGGAUCAGCUGUGGGGAAUCGCAUUGAGGGCUCAGUCUGCAGACAUCAGCCGAGCUGCAAUCCAGUAUAUCAACUCUUAUUACAUUAGCGGUAAAACGGGUCUAGAGAAAGAGCAGGAGUUCAUCAGUAAGUGUAUGGAGAGUUUGACAAUGGCUUCCUCUAACCUGGAGAAAGACGCUCACUCCAGUCUCACCAUCAUAGAGAGAGGACUACUGCUGCUCAAAACACACCUAGAGGCCUUCAGACGCAGGUUUGCAUAUCACCUGCGCCAGUGGCAGAUCGAAGGAACGGGCAUCAGCAGUCAUCUGAAAGCUCUCAGUGAUAAACAAUCACUCCCGCUCAGAAUCGUGUGUCAGCCUGCCGGACUGCCAGACAAGAUGACCAUCGAGAUGUACCCCAGUGAUCAGGUGGCUGAUCUGAGAGCAGAGGUCACUCACUGGUAUGAAAAUCUUCAGAAGGAUCAGCUCAGUCAGCAGGCGCAGCUGCAGGAGUUCGGCCAGACCAGCCGACAGCAGGACUUCCCAGGUGGUCUGAUGGGUCCAGUGCGUAUGAUCUCAUCGGGACACGAGUUGACAACUGACUAUGAUGAGAAAACUCUUCAUGAGCUCGGCUUCAAAGACAUGCAGAUGGUGUUUGUGUCUCUGGGCGCUCCGCGGAGGGAGAGGAAGGGCGAGGGAGUUCAGCUACCAGCGUCAUGUUUACCUCCACCUCAGAAGGAGCACAUCCCCAUGCUGCUGCUCCUGCAGGAGCCACACCUCACCACGCUUUUCGACCUGUUGGAGAUGUUGGCCUGCUUUAAACCACCCAGCCCCGACAGACCCCAGCAGAGCACUGAGAGUGUUCGUUGUGAGGAGUUGCACCUCCAUGCAGAGAAUCUGUCUCGCCGUGUUUGGGAGCUGCUCAUGCUGCUGCCUACAUGUCCAAGCAUGCUUCAGGCCUUCCAGAAUAUCUCUGAUGACACGGGAUCUGACGGUUUGUGCUGGAAGGAUCUGUUGAGAAUCAAGAGUCCUCAUAAGCUGCUGUAUGCUUUAGAAAUCAUAGAGGCCCUCGGCAAACCAAACCGCAGGAUUCACCGCGAAUCUACGGGCAGCUACAGUGAUCUAUAUCCAGACUCUGAUGAUUCCAGUGAAGAACAGAUCGAGAACAGCAAGAACACCUGGAGCUGCAAGUUUGUGUCAUCUGGAGGUCUUCAGCUUCUGCUGGACAUUUUUAAUUCUGCUAUUUUAGAGCCAAAAGAACAGGAAUCCUGGACUGUGUGGUUGUUGGACUGUCUUGCGUGUCUGUUGAAGCUGAUUUGUCAGUUUGCGGUGGACCCGGCCGAUCUGGACUUGGCGUAUCAUGAUGUGUUCGCUUGGUCUGGUCUUACAGACACACAGAGGAAGAGGGCGUGGCCAGGGAAGUCCCGCAAAGCCACUGGCGACCAUGGGAAGGGCCUUCAUAUACCACGCCUUACUGAGGUGUUCCUGAGUCUAGUUCAAGGAACCAAUCUCAUCCAGCGACUCAUCAAUGUGGCCUACACUUAUGACAAUCUUGCACACAGGGUUCUGAAGGCCCAGUCAGAUCACAGAUCCAGACAUGAAGUAACUCAUUACUCCAUGUGGUUGCUGGUGAGUUGGGCUCACUGCUGUUCUCUGGUGAAGUCCAGUUUGGCUGAUAGUGAACAUCUGCAUGACUGGCUGAAGAAACUCACCCUGCUCAUACCUGAGACAGCGGUGCGACAGGAGGCAUGCAGUGGUCUCUAUAAGCUCUCUCUGUCUGGACUGGAGGGAGGAGAAUCCAUCAAUAGAUCCUUUCUGCUGCUUGCUGCAUCAACACUUCUCAAGUUCCUGCCAGACGCACAAGCGCUUAAACCACUCGGAGUGGAGGAUUUUGAAGAAGAGGCACUGUUCCGCACAGGCUGUAAGGAAUACUUCUGGCUACUCUGUAAACUCAUCGACAACAUCCACGUGAAAGACGCCAGUCAGACUACCCUACUGGAUCUAGAUGCGCUGGCCCGACACCUUGCCGACUGCAUUCGCAGUCGUGAGAUUCUAGACCAGCAGGAUGGUGCGGUUGAGGACGACGGUCUGACGGGUCUCCUGCGUCUGGCCACCAGUGUCCUGAAGCACAAGCCUCCAUUUAAGUUCUCACGGGAGGGUCAGGAGUUCCUGAGGGACACGUAUGAUCUGCUGUUCCUGCUGCCCAGCCUGAAGGACCGCCAGCAGCCCAAAUGCAAGAGUCCUGCGGCGCGCGCCGCAGCCUACGACCUGCUGGUGGAGGUGGUGAAGGGCUCGGUGGAGAACUACAGACUUCUGCACAACUGGGUCAUGUCGCAGCAUAUGCAGGCAUCUCAUGCACCAUAUAAGUGGGAUUACUGGCCCCACGAUGAUGUCAGAGCAGAGUGUCGGUUUGUUGGACUGACCAAUCUAGGUGCCACCUGUUACCUGGCCUCCACCAUCCAACAACUCUAUAUGAUUCCAGAGGCCAGACAAGCUGUCUUUACUGCUAAAUAUUCUGAGGAUAUAAAGCAAAAGACCACACUGCUGGAACUGCAGAAGAUGUUCACCUAUCUCAUGGAGAGUGAGAGGAAGGCGUAUAACCCUCGGCCGUUCUGUAAGACCUACACAAUGGACAAACAGCCUCUGAAUACAGGAGAACAGAAAGACAUGACAGAGUUCUUCACUGACCUCAUCACCAAAAUAGAGGAGAUGUCGCAGGACCUGAAAAACACAGUGAAAACACUUUUUGGAGGCGUCAUCACAAACAACGUUGUUUCACUGGACUGUGAUCAUGUGAGUCAGACAGCUGAGGAGUUCUACACAGUGAGGUGUCAGGUGGCAGAUAUGAAGAACAUCUAUGAGUCUCUGGAUGAGGUCACUAUUAAAGACACACUAGAGGGUGAUAACAUGUACACAUGCUCUCAGUGUGGGAAGAAAGUACGCGCUGAAAAACGGGCGUGUUUUAAAAAGCUUCCACGGAUCUUGAGUUUUAACACCAUGCGUUACACGUUCAACAUGGUGACGAUGAUGAAGGAGAAAGUGAACACUCACUUUUCUUUCCCACUGAGACUCGACAUGACGCCAUACACGGAGGACUUCCUGAUGGCCAAGGGAGACAGGAAGGAAGGUUUCCGUGACGACAGUGAUGCGAAGGCGGCGGAAAGUUACGAGUAUGACCUCAUCGGUGUGACGGUGCACACGGGCACAGCGGAUGGCGGGCAUUAUUACAGCUUCAUCAGGGACAUAGUUAACCCACACGCUUACCGAAAUAACAAAUGGUACUUGUUUAACGAUGCAGAGGUGAAGCCGUUUGAUUCGGCUCAGCUGGCCUCCGAGUGUUUCGGUGGAGAGAUGACGACAAAAACGUAUGAUUCUGUCACAGACAAGUUCAUGGAUUUCUCCUUUGAGAAGACGCACAGUGCAUACAUGCUGUUCUACAAGAGAGUGGAAGUGGAGGAGGAAAAUGGCAAAGACUUUAACUUUGACAUUUCUCCGGACCUUCUGGAGUGGAUCUGGCAUGACAACAUGCAGUUUCUCCAGGACAAGAACAUCUUUGAACACACAUAUUUUGGUUUCAUGUGGCAGCUGUGCAGUAGUAUUCCCAGCACUUUACCUGAUCCUAAAUCAGUGUCUCUUAUGACGGCUAAGCUCAGCACAUCAUUUGUUUUAGAGACUUUCAUUCACUCCAAAGAAAAGCCCACCAUGCUGCAGUGGAUCGAGCUGCUGACCAAACAAUUCAACAACAGUCAAUCCGCUUGCGAGUGGUUUUUGGAUCAGAUGGCAGAUGAUAACUGGUGGCCCAUGCAGAUUCUAAUCAAGUGUCCUAAUCAGAUUGUACGGCAGAUGUUCCAGAGAUUGUGUAUUCAUGUGAUCCAGAGGCUCAGACCAGUCCACGCUCACCUGUACCUGCAGCCUGGCAUGGAGGACGGCUCUGAUGACAUGGACGGGCCUGUGGAGGACAUCGGCAGCCGCUCUUGUGUGACGCGGUUUGUCAAAACACUGCUGUCAAUUAUGGAACAUGGAGUGAAGCCACACAGCAAACACCUGACCGAAUACUUUGCCUUCCUUUAUGAGUUUGCCAAAAUGGGUGAAGAGGAGAGUCAGUUCCUCUUGUCACUUCAAGCCAUUUCUAUAAUGGUGCAUUUCUACAUGGGCACUAAGGGACCUGAAAAUCCUCAGGUGGAGGUGUUAUCAGAGGAGGAGGAGGGAGAGGAGGAUGAAGAGGAAGACAUCCUGUCUUUGGCAGAGAAGUACCGGCCUGCCGCUCUGGAGAAGAUGAUCGCGCUCAUAGCUCUGCUGGUAGAGCAGUCCAGAUCUGAGAGACACUUGACUCUGUCUCAGAGUGAUAUGGCAGCACUGACUGGAGGAAAAGGCUUUCCCUUCCUGUUCCAGCACAUCAGAGACAGCAUCAAUAUCAGACAGACCUGCAACCUCAUCUUCAGCCUCUGUAGAUACAACAACCGCCUGGCAGAACAUAUUGUGUCUAUGCUGUUCACUUCCAUAGCUAAACUCACUCCAGAGGCAGCGAACCCGUUUUUCAAGUUGUUGACUAUGCUGAUGGAGUUUGCUGCUGGUCCUCCUGGAAUGCCCUCAUUUGCUUCCUACAUCCUGCAGAGGAUCUGGGAGGUGAUCGAGUAUAACCCGUCUCAGUGUCUGGACUGGUUGGCGGUGCAGACUCCUCGUAAUAAACUGGCUCACAGCUGGGUUCUGCAGAACAUGGAGAACUGGGUGGAGAGAUUUCUGUUGGCACACAACUACCCUCGUGUCCGCACAUCUGCGGCGUAUCUUCUGGUCUCUCUCAUCCCGAGUAACUCCUUUCGUCAGAUGUUUCGAUCCACGCGCUCUCUUCACAUCCCAACGCGAGACCUCCCACUGAGUCCAGACACAACUGUUGUUCUGCACCAGGUUUAUAACCUGCUGCUGGGUCUGCUGGCCCGCGCCAAACUCUACGUGGACGUUCCCGUGCACGGCACCACCAAACUGGUGCAGUACUUUAGCUUCAUGACCUACUGCCUCAUCUCCAAAACUGAGAAGCUCAUGUUCUCCAGCUAUUUCAUGGACCUCUGGAACCUCUUCCAGCCCAAGUUAUCAGAGCCAGCGAUCGCAACAAAUCACAACAAACAGGCUCUUCUGUCGUUUUGGUAUAAUGUGUGUGUGGACUGCAGUGAGAAUGUCCGUCUCAUCGUUCAAAACCCUGUGGUUACUAAAAACAUCGCUUUCAACUACAUCCUGGCGGAUCAUGAUGAUCAGGAAGUGGUGCUGUUCAACCGCGGGAUGCUGCCGGCGUACUACGCAAUCCUGCGCAUGUGCUGUGAGCAGUCGCCUGCUUUCACCCGGCAGCUGGCAUCUCACCAGAACAUUCAGUGGGCAUUCAAAAACCUCACGCCCCAUGCCAGCCAGUACCCAGGAGCGGUGGAGGAGUUGUUUAAUCUGAUGCAGUUGUUUGUGGCUCAGAGGCCUGACAUGAGAGAGGAAGAACUGGAGGAUGUUAAACAGUUCAAGAAAACCACCAUCAGCUGUUACCUGCGCUGUCUGGACGGACGCUCUUGUUGGACCACACUCAUCAGUGCCUUCCGUAUACUGCUGGAGAAUGAUGAAGAUCGACUGCUGGUGGUGUUUAACAGAGGCCUCAUCCUCAUGACUGAGUCAUUCAACACCCUUCACAUGAUGUAUCAUGAGGCCACGGCGUGUCAUGUGACAGGCGAUCUAGUAGAACUGCUCUCCAUCUUCCUGUCGGUUUUAAAGGCAACACGACCCUACCUGCAGCGCAAAGAUGUGAAGCAGGCACUGAUCCAGUGGCAAGAGAGGAUUGAUUUUGCUCACAAGCUGCUGACUCUGCUCAACUCUUACAGUCCACCAGAGCUACGCAACGCUUGUCUGGAUGUGCUGAAGGAGCUGGUGCUGUUAAAUCCUCAUGACUUCCUGCACACACUUGUGCCCUUCCUACAGCACAACCACUGCACCUAUCAUCAUAGCAACAUCCCCAUGUCAUUCGGCCCGUAUCUGCCCUGUAGAGAAAACAUCAAACUGAUGGGAGGAAAGAACAACAUUCGCCCACCCAGACCUGAACUCAACAUGUGCCUGCUGCCAUCAAUGGUGGAGACUAGUAAGGGUAAAGAUGAAGUGUAUGACAGGAUGUUGUUGGACUACUUCCUGUCAUAUCAUCAGUUUAUUCACCUGCUCUGUCGAGUCGCCAUCAACUGCGAGAAAUUCACAGAGACUCUCGUCAAACUCAGUGUGUUGAUCGCAUAUGAAGGACUUCCUCUGCACCUGGCUCUCUUUCCAAAACUAUGGACAGAACUUGUUCAGUCUCAGUGUGCGAUGGCUCAGUCGUGUGUGAAGCUGUUGUGUGAGGAUCCGGCAUUUGGAGAGUACAUGAAGUGUAUCCUGAUGGACGAGAGAACUUUCCUCAACAAUAACAUGGCCUACUCUUUCCUCACCUGCUUCUUGCACAAGGUGCAGGUGCAAGUGUUAUCAGGGCAGAGCUGUUCAAAUCUCAUCAAUGUCUUGGUGACCAACCUAUUGAACGAGUACCACAGUCUGCAGCCUGAAAUGACCAAUCAGAGAGCAGAGAUCAGCAAGACCAGCAGCCUCCUUAACGCAGAUCUGCGGGCGCUAGUGCUGAUAAUGUCAGUUUACCCUCCUCAGCAGUUAGACCCAGCUUUAGGCCCGGCUUUACAGGAGCUGCUGUCUAAAUGCAGACUGUGUCUGCAGCAUCGCACCACAUUAGAGAUUGAGGCCAAGGAAUGCAAGGUCAAAGUGGAAGAGGAGGGUGUCACUCCAGUGAAGCGCAGGCGAGUGAGCAGCAGCGCUGAAGAUCGGCCAGCAGAGGGCAGCAGCAGCACCGUUUGCCCUCCCUCUACCACCUCAUUGGCUCCCUGCUCGGAGCAGAAGGUGGAGCCGGGGGAGGCGUUAACGCCCACCAGCACUUCAGACACUGAAACCCGAGACUCCUCCCUUAUCGACCCGGGAACCGAAAACGACCCACCCUCUCCCGACAGUGAGUCGCUCGAGGAGAAGAAAAUGGAGGCUACUUCGUCGUCGUCAUCAUCAUCAUCAUCAUCAUCAUCCUCCCUUCCCGAAGCAUUUAGUCGGACAGAUGAAGCUCCACCCCAGAUAGCAGGAAGACAGGUGGAGGAAGAGGAAGAUAGAAGGAAGGAACCACAAGAGCAGGAAGUAGAGCCAGAAAGAGAGGAAGUCCCCUCCACUUCCUCCGCUGACCCAGCACUUCUACUCUCCAGCCUGCCGGAGGCAGCCGAGGGGCGAAGCUCCUCACUCCAGGAGGCGGAGUCAUACAGCCACGCCCUCUCACAGGGCGUUUUAAACCCGGCAGGGCAGCAACAGGAUGCUUUGGAAAUGCUCUGUCGCACAGUCGAGGCCACAAUCGCAAUGGUUGCCAAACUUUCGAACGGAAAAGGAGGGUCACACCCUUCGCCAUUGUGACAUUACAUUCAUGUCCCUCCUUUUUCUAAUUCUCUUUCCGUUUGCCAUGCUUUUCAUUUUUUUUAUUUUUUAUUUUUUUUGACAUAUUCGAAUCUGGUUUAUUCAUAAUUUUCUAUUCCACCCUUUGUAGCUCGCAUCAUCUUUUUUGCAUUUCCGUGGCGUUCUGGAUAUGAAUGGUUACCAUUGUAACAGACAUUUCCGUGUUCCAGCCCUGGGGAAAUCCAAAUGGCGCAAAAGAAAGAAAAACAAACAAUAUCAGCUAAUGCGUAUUUUUCGCAAAGGGUAAUUUCUUUCGUUUUUUUUAAACUUUUUUGUUUUGGUUUGGUUCAUUUGUUAUUGAAGUGGUUUGUUUUCAAAGCUGCAGUGAAACAGGGAAAAGGUUUACAACGUUUUAGUCCCGUCAGUGCAAAGUUGAAUUUGCGUUUUUAUUCACGUGUAUUAUUAUGAUUGUCUUCUGUGCCAGUUUUGUACUUACAGGUGCAAGGCUGAAAAUGGUCUUGCUGUGUUUUUGUUUCUCUGUGGUGGAUAUCAAAAACUAUGUUUACUUGUACAUUGAAAAGAAGAACAAACCACAAGAACCUUGAUUCUGUAAAGAAUCUUCUAGUUGUUGCCUGGCUUUGUAAAUGAGAUGGUUACAAAUAUAUAUAUAUAUAUAUAUAUAUAUAUAUAUAUAUAUAUUUCUGUAAGAUAUAUGUAUACAGUAUAUAUCCAUUGAAGCGCAGUAUACUGUAUAUAUAAAUCUACUGUAUAUAUAUGUUGUGUGUAUAGAAACUUAACGGUGCUUUUUUUUCAGGCUCGGAACAUUUGUGGCCUGAAUUAUUGCACAUUUGUUGGAACAGCUCUAUUUUAUUUACCGAAAUACAUUCCAUAAUCUAUUGGAUGUCAUUCUUGCAUUCUCUGUAUUUGAUUUUUCUCUCAGUCUUUCUGUUUUGAUUUUGUUUUAAUAUAGGAUAUAACUUAAUAAAAUUUUAAUAUGAUUUAAUUAUGAACAGAGUCAAAACCAGGCGUGAUUGU